CACUAACCUUCCCUCCUUCACAGGCGCGUAAUAGCAACAGAGAGAGAAGACAGAGAUGGCGUCGAGCGCGUUGCGGAGCUGCGGAGUGGCGUCGGUCGUCCCUUCUCUCCUUUCAUCGUCGAAGUCCCAAUUCACCAACGCGAUCGCUCUCCCGAAUUCUUUCUCCAAUGCCUCAUCUCGGUGGGCCAUGUCAGCUGAAUGGAUGCCAGGCCAGCCACGACCGCCUUAUCUCGACGGUUCAGCUCCUGGUGACUUCGGGUUCGAUCCUCUUCGCCUCGGCGAGGUCCCGGAGAACCUGGAGAGAUUCAAGGAGUCUGAACUCAUUCACUGCCGAUGGGCAAUGCUUGCUGUUCCAGGGAUCUUGGUGCCAGAGGCAUUGGGCUUGGGCAACUGGGUGAAGGCACAAGAGUGGGCUGCAAUACCAGGCGGGCAGGCAACCUACCUAGGCAACCCAGUCCCGUGGGGCACCCUCCCAACCAUCCUUGUCAUCGAAUUUAUCUCCAUUGCCUUUGUGGAGCACCAGCGUAGCAUGGAGAAAGACACUGAGAAGAAGAAGUACCCAGGCGGGGCCUUCGACCCCUUGGGAUACUCCAAGGAUCCCGAAAAGUUCAAGGAAUACAAGAUCAAGGAGAUCAAAAAUGGCCGGCUUGCCUUGUUGGCCUUUGUGGGAUUCUGCGUCCAGCAAUCGGCUUAUCCCGGAACGGGCCCACUGGAAAAUCUGGCGACCCACUUGGCCGAUCCGUGGCACAACAACAUCGGCGAUGUUCUGAUCCCAAGAUCCAUUUCGCCUUGAUGAGUAUCUGAAUUUUAGCCAAAUGCCACUGUAAACUCCAUGUAUUCAUCCGUAUGAAGUAAGAAUUGCAUCU